CGCUGUCCCCUCGGGUGACACCUCGGGGACAGUUCCCGGCGGGAUGGGAGCUCCGGGAUCCCCCCGCGGUCCCGGCCCGGCUCUGGCGACACUGGCGGCUCCCGGAGAGGUGGCGUUGUCGCCAGAGCGGGGAUGGGGACAGGAAGGAGGAGCGCGGGCGCUUCCUGGUGGCUCCGUCAUGUGACAAAGGCGCAGGAGCGGCUCCGAUCCCGACUCCCGGCCCGGCCGCCCGCAGCCGCGCCCAUGCCCGAGAGCCCCGCCGAGCCCCCGCCGGCCGCGCCAGGUGGAGACGGAACCACGGACGGACCCGCGGACGGAACCGAGGCCCGGCCGGAGCCGGGCCCCGCCGCGGGCACCCCGCCGCCGCCCUCCCGGGAGGAAGAGGAGGAUGAGGAUGAGGAUUUCCAUUUCCUGCUGUGCGAGGGCUGCGGGCAGGACUCUGCGCACCCGCGGCUGCUGCGCUGCCUGCACACGCUGUGCCCCGCCUGCCUGAGCGACACCAAGCAGUGCCCGCUGUGCCAGGCGGCCGCGGGCGCGCCGGCCGUGGACAACCUGCUCUUCUGCAACCUGCGCAGCCGCCUGCAGGUGUGGAGGCAGAUCCGGAGCCCCCGCGGGCCCGGCUGCAGCCGCUGCCGCGCCGAGGCGGCGCUGGUGUGGUGCUCGGACUGCGAGGAGUUCUUCUGCGGAGGCUGCUUCGAGGAGCACCAGUGGUGGCACAAGAAGAAGGAGCACCGGUUCCGCAGGGUGGAGGAGCUGCGGGCGGGCUCCGUGCGGCAGUUCCUGGAGGACACCAAGGCCUCCUGCAGCCUCUUCUGCUCCAGCGCCAGCCACCCCGGGGAGAGCCGCGUGUGCAGCAUUUACUGUCCCCGCUGCGAGCGGGCUCUCUGCUGCCCGUGCGCGCUGCUGGACACGGCCCACGCUCCGUUCCGUGACCUGCGCGCCGAGAGCCAGCGGCGGCGGGACGAGCUGCGCUCGCUGCGCCGGGACCUGCGGCGGCUCCGCGGCUCCUUCGAGGCGGCGCUGGCGCGGCUGCGGGGCGAGGCGGCGCGGCGGGACGAGCAGCGGCAGCGACUGCGGGAGCGCGUCCGCGCCAGCGCCGAGCGCCUGCUGGAGCUGGUGCGCGGCGAGGCCGAGGAGCUGCAGGCGCUGCUGGAGGCGCGGCCGGAGCGCGGCCCCGCCGGGCUGGCCGAGGAGCUGCGCGGCGCCGAGGGCGCGCUGCUGCGGCUGGAGGCGGCCGAGCGGCUGGUGGAGCGGCUGGGGCGCUACGGCGGCGAGCAGGAGCUGAUGGACAUGCAGCCCUUCGUGCGCGCCGCGCUGCUGGAGCUGCGCCGCCUGCGCCCGCCGGAGCCGCCGCGCCUGCCCGAGCCCGCGCACUUCGCGCAGUGCCGGGCGCGGCUGCGGGCGCUGGUGGAGCGCGUCACCGGCAGGGAGGAUGUCCCCGAGGUCGAGGUGGCCCUGGAGAACAACCUGGAAGAGGAUCAGUUCCAUCCCAAAAUCCAGAGCGUCUCCCACGGCCUGGAGGAGAUCCACGUGGACCAGCCUGUCCCGCUGCCCCGCUGCAAGCGACCGCUCCCCUGCAUGGAGAGGGGCAGCCAGAUGUCCCCCAAGAUCCUGAAGCUGGAAUGUGAGCAGGAGGCGGGCCCCAGCCGGCCCGGAUCCCGCUGGGAAUUCUGCACGGAGCCCGGCCCCUCCGCGCCACGGCAGGACCGCGCUGGGGACACAGAGGGCGGCAGCAUCAUCAUCUGCAGCUCAGACGACAGUGACGAGGACACCGUGGUGGUGACAGUGACACCAGAGCCGCCGCCCUGCUGAUGGCUCAUCCCGGAAUUCCUGCCCUCCCGUUCCCAGAUUUCCGCUCGGGGCCUGCUCUUCUUGGCCAUUCCCACAUUUAUUCCAGACUGAGCUCCUGGUGCUCCAAACCCUGCCUGGAUCUGCUGGGAUCUCCCCUCGGAGGAUUCCUGGGAAUGAUGUUCUCAAAUCCCGUCCGGGUUCAUCCCAAAGUAAAAUUUGGGAUGGGAUCUGGGAUCUGUUCCCAAGCCUGCCCAAAGGUGGGGGAGAUGGUCCCAAGGGUGGGAUCUCCCUUCAGCACCUGGAGCAGGGAAUUCCUUAGGAUUGGGAUUGGGAUCGGUUUUCCAGUGUAAUGAGGGAUUAAAAUCCCGGGUUUUUUAUGCCUCCCCUCAAUAAAGCCAUUCUGGGAUAAAAUUCCA